AAUCACGGGGGAAUCAGCACUAGAAUAUGCGAUUACGUUCUCUGUUUGGUUCAAUCAAAGUAACGGUAUCGCAAAGUAUUUGAGGGAAGCGAUGCGAUUACAGCCGGGGACGAGCGGGAUCCAAUUUGAAUAGGCUGGUAUCCGAUUGCAGCGUAAUAGAUUACGGACCAAGCCAAAACAAACGCCUAUAAUGCUACUUGUUAUCACUCCGUAACGUAAACACGUUACUUUCGGUGAACCAAAUACUAUCUUAAUAACAUCUACUAUGUGUAGAUGCAUAUGGAUUUAGAAAAAACAAAGGUCAUUUAGCCUGCGCGUAGCACAUAAUUCGCAUCUAAUAAAUUUAAUAAUCCUAGCCACAUUAAUCAACGGUGCUGAUUUUCAACAGCUCAGCUCACGCGGUGCAUGCAUGCAUGGUAAAAAGAAGAUGAGAUGGAGCCUCUCUGUAUGUUUAGCAGGAGAUCGGCAGUAUAUCUGGCAGCUAAGAUAUGCGCGCCGUAAUUAGCUAGCCAAUUAAUUGAUACUGCAUUUAGCUUUUUUUUGAUACUGCAUUUAGCUAGCUGGCAUAUAUGUAUAUACAGUACUAUCUUAGUAGCCUGCGCCGCCGCUUUUCCAACCCACCCUGGCUGCCCGGCUGCCCCGUGACCACACCACCCCUAUAUUGCUCGCGCGCGCACCGAGCGCCGCGGAGCCGCCAGACAAGCAUCGCUGUUGCCACCUCCCAGCCCGCCGGCGCAGAGAGAGAGAACAAACAGAUAGAUCGAUCGCAUGGCGAGCGUCUCCGUGGCGCCGCCCCACGCGCGCGCCCUCCUCGUCCUCGUGGUCACUCUCACCGCGGCUCUCAUGGCGGCGGCGCCACCGCCGGCGCGGGCGGCGUGGGUGGAGUCGGACUACCCAUCGAGCGUGCCGUGCGGGGUGACCAUCCCCGUGGAGCAGUGCGACCCGGCGGCCGACGCGGCCAACGCCGCGUGCAGGGACAUGUGCCACUACGGCGGCCGGCGAGGCGGGCGGUGCGUCUCCCCCGGGCGGCUCGCCCUGGUGCAGGGAUGCCACUGCAGGUGCUAGCCGCAGCCCGCAGCCCAGCUGGCGGCGGGGAGGGCAGUUUCGAAUCCUUAGGAUUUACUAAUAAAACACAGCAUGGAUGGCGCUGUGAUCUGUUGACUGGGUAAUGCCUGCCUGCACGGUGUUUGGAUCAGCAUAAUCGUUUGGUUUGUUUUUCUUA